CAUCAAUCGGCGAUUAUGUUUCUCGUCGAUUGGUUCUACGGCGUCUUAGCAUCUCUCGGCCUCUGGCAAAAAGAGGCUAAAAUUCUCUUUCUCGGCCUCGACAAUGCCGGCAAAACCACUCUGCUUCACAUGUUGAAGGAUGAGAGAUUAGUGCAACAUCAGCCCACACAACACCCGACCUCAGAGGAGUUGAGUAUUGGGAAAAUCAAAUUCAAGGCGUUUGAUCUUGGAGGCCACCAGAUCGCUCGCAGAGUCUGGAAAGAUUAUUAUGCUAAGGUGGAUGCAGUAGUUUACCUGGUUGAUGCCUAUGACAAAGAGCGGUUUACCGAAUCGAAAAAGGAGCUUGAUGCUCUCCUUUCAGAUGAAGCGCUGGCUGAUGUUCCAUUCCUUGUGCUCGGAAACAAGAUUGACAUCCCCUAUGCUGCUUCUGAGGAUGAGCUAAGAUUUCAUCUGGGUUUGAGCAAUUUCACAACUGGCAAGGGAAAGGUUAAUCUUACUCAGACCAACGUUCGACCGCUCGAGGUUUAUAUGUGCAGCAUCGUCCGAAAGAUGGGUUAUGGGGACGGGUUCAAAUGGCUCUCACAAUAUAUCAAAUAGUAUCAACAAUUGGGUAAUUAGCAUCCAUUGUGCUCGUAUAGGUUAUCUUCUGUGCCAGACUGAAAUUAGUUUGAGGUGAAAAUUUGUUUACAAGUUUGGCAACUUGAGAUUUGUUCUGUUGGAUUGGAACUAGGAUUUGUUAUUGUUUUUGACUUGUUUUGUGAACAUUAUUAUUGCAUUAAACUCUCAAUAAAGUUCAUAGAUCAACGACUUUUAUAGUAA